AUGAAUAUUCCCAAAGGUCGCGACUGGGAUAGCUUUAAAGACUCUUACAAAGUUGAAUCUUUUUUGGGUAAAGGUGGCUUCGGAACUGUCUACAGUGGAAUUCGGAGAAAAGAUAAUUUACCUGUGGCCGUUAAAGUUAUUGAAAAAGAAAAAGUAAUUGAAUUUAGCCAACUGGAGGGCAUCCCCGUUACUCUGGAGAUCGUCCUUUUGCGGAAAGUGGCUAACGUCCCUGGUGCCGUUCGAAUGUUGGACUGGUAUGUGAGCUCCCAUUCAUUUGUAAUCGUCAUGGAAAGGCCCGAACAUGUUGUGGAUCUCUUCGACUACAUCACCGAAAAGGGACCCCUGAAUGAAGAGGUCAGCCGACGAUUUUUUACCCAAAUUGUCCAAACUGUCUACAGCAUCCACAACAUGGGUGUUAUUCAUAGAGACAUCAAAGAUGAGAAUAUCCUUGUCGACUUGAAAACUGGAAUGCUGAAACUGAUUGAUUUUGGAUCCGGUGCCAUGCUCAAAGACUCCAUUUAUCUAGAUUUUGAUGGUACGAGAGUGUACAGUCCCCCAGAAUGGAUUAAACAUCAUAGAUACCAUGGUCGCUCUGCCACAGUUUGGUCACUUGGGAUUCUUCUUUUUGACAUGGUCUGUGGAGAUAUUCCUUUUGAGCACGACGAUCAAAUUAUAAAGGCUGAAUUGAAAUUCAAAGAGAAUUUAUCAAAAGAUGUGAAAGACUUGAUUCGCUGUUGUUUAUCUGUGCGUCCCUCGGACCGACCCAGUCUCGAAGCCAUCCUGAAUCAUAAAUGGUUAAAAAACAUACCCCCAGUUGAUGCUUCUAAAAGAACUGUACAAGCCUCCCCCACAGAACCUGCCUGCACUCUGUCUAGGCAGGGGAGUAUAUGA